AUGUCACUCAACGACCUUCGGAAAGGCAUAGCCUCUUAUGGCGCCGGACCGCAGCUGGAUGCUCUGCCACCGGCAGAUAGUAUGACCUGGGUCCCGCAACCAGGCGCAAAUCCUGCCUUUUCUCUUUUGAUUGGCAUUCUUGAUGGGCAACAAAUACUUGCCUACUUGACUCGAUACGGAGAGAAGCCGCGAGAAGUGCGCUAUUGUACCAGGCCUCCUCCUGACAGGCCCUCAAACAAGUCUUCAUCGUCAAUAUCGACAGUAACUCAAGACGACGUCAUGAAGGCAUCUCUUCUUCCGCCAUUCAAGUAUCUUGCAGAGAAUUCUAAGCCUAUGAAGCGCAAGUUUAGCAUGCUUAUCCGGUGGUACUUUUUGAUACAAGGGUAUAUUGAUGGCCUCGAGGGCGACCAAGGAGACUUUUGCAAAAGAUUUAGCUCUGCAGUCAAGAGAAUUGAGGAAGAGAAGCAUGACGAGGAAGACGGUACCCAGAAUCGCGCCAGACGAAACCGCGAAGCCAUAGAAGAAAGCCCGGAGCCUGAAGACGCAGAUAGUACCUACACCUUGCACUCCAGCAGCCGUACUGGUAAGACGCACGUGAUAAAUGGCGAAAAACCUGAGCCACAAAGUCCUUCAGCAAGAUCGUCACGGGAUUUGAGGAGCAGCAAAGGCAAUCACGACCUUGAGCGUUUACUGGAGUACUUGAAAGACCACAGCGCAUUGUAUCUUCUGGACAACCUACCCGAAGUAUCAGAGAUUCAAUUUGUUGGCCAAACAUCCAUACCCGAAGCUCAGCCGAUGAAGCUUUUCGUUGGACGCGAAGCGAAAUCCGGCGAUGAUAUAUAUGCCUACAUGGUCAGCCUACCGCGUGGCUUCCACGAAGUUCGAUUCUACGUCCAAACCGCGCACGACGAGGAACCCAUGAAAACCGAAACAGUCGCCAAACAGCGCCUCCUUCACCCAUUCAGCAAAUGUUACCCAAAGCAGCCCUGCAUCUUAGAACAGUCCGAUAGAGCCAGACUGACCCUAAUGGUAAAAUUCUACUUCAUCUCCGCAGGCAUCGCAACCAACUGCGUCCUCAAAGAAACGAAGAAAUACCCAGAACGCCUACGCGUCGCACUCGACUACAUCGCCGACCGCAUGGGUCCCGCCGCCGCCAAACCGCCCUCCCAUGCAAAAGACGACGACGAUGACGCCGCCGCCUCCGCCGCCGCCGGCGGCACUCCAGCCCUCAACCCGGCCAAACACCGCCUCUCAAGCGAAAGCUCCUACAUUGACGAAAGCGACAUCCAAUCCACCCUCGCCCUCGAACCCCCGCGCCUCCCCCACCACAACCGCACCCCAAGAUCCGCCUCAAUCUUCACCCGCAAAUCCGCCUACUCCAUGGCUCCGCGCUCCCAAACACCCAGCCACACGACCUCCCCACACCUUCCCGCCACCAUCACCCCCACCACUACCACCGACCCCUCCAAUACCGUCUCAUCCCCAGCCCUCCUCCACCACCCCCUCCGCGGCAACCCCAAGCGCUCAGCCGAAGACGCAGAGUUCGAAGACCUCGCCCGCAUCGUCAUGAAGGAGCAGACACUCACCCGCGAAAUCAACGCCCUCCAGCACGAAAUGGAUGUCCUCGAGGAAAGAAAGACUAUCUGGAUGGACAAGUGGCAGGCCCAGUUUCACGCUGUCAAUGAGAAGCUCGCGGCUGUCACCAGAGAGAGGCUCGGCGUUAGGAUGCAGUUUAAGAAGCAGAGGUUGGGCAGUGGAGCCGACGAGGCCGCCGGGUAG